AUGCGUGAGAUUGUUCACCUCCAGACCGGCCAGUGCGGCAACCAAAUCGGUGCUGCUUUCUGGCAGACCAUCUCUGGCGAGCAUGGCCUCGACAGCAACGGUGUCUACAAUGGCACCUCUGAGCUCCAGCUGGAGCGCAUGAGCGUUUACUUCAACGAGGCCUCGGGCAACAAGUAUGUCCCUCGCGCUGUCCUCGUCGAUCUCGAGCCCGGCACCAUGGAUGCUGUCCGCGCCGGCCCCUUCGGCCAGCUCUUCCGCCCCGACAACUUCGUCUUCGGCCAGUCUGGUGCCGGCAACAACUGGGCCAAGGGUCACUACACUGAGGGUGCUGAGCUGGUCGACAACGUCCUCGACGUCGUCCGCCGCGAGGCCGAGGGCUGCGACUGCCUCCAGGGCUUCCAGAUCACCCACUCCCUGGGUGGUGGUACCGGUGCCGGUAUGGGCACGCUGCUCAUCUCCAAGAUCCGCGAGGAGUUCCCCGACCGCAUGAUGGCCACCUUCUCGGUCGUCCCCUCCCCCAAGGUCUCCGACACCGUCGUCGAGCCCUACAACGCCACCCUGUCCGUCCACCAGCUCGUUGAGAACUCGGACGAGACCUUCUGCAUUGACAACGAGGCCCUGUACGACAUCUGCAUGCGCACUCUCAAGCUGUCCAACCCCUCGUAUGGCGACCUCAACUACCUGGUCUCCGCCGUCAUGUCUGGCGUCACCACCUGCCUGCGCUUCCCCGGCCAGCUGAACUCUGACCUGCGCAAGUUGGCCGUCAACAUGGUUCCCUUCCCCCGUCUCCACUUCUUCAUGGUCGGCUUCGCCCCCCUGACGAGCCGUGGCGCCCACUCCUUCCGCGCCGUCAGCGUCCCCGAGUUGACCCAGCAGAUGUUCGACCCCAAGAACAUGAUGGCUGCCUCUGACUUCCGCAACGGCCGCUACCUGACCUGCUCUGCCAUCUUCCGUGGCAAGGUCGCCAUGAAGGAGGUCGAGGACCAGAUGCGUAACGUGCAGAACAAGAACUCUACCUACUUCGUCGAGUGGAUCCCCAACAACAUCCAGACCGCCCUCUGCGCCAUCCCUCCCCGUGGCCUCAAGAUGUCGUCCACCUUCAUCGGCAACUCGACCUCGAUCCAGGAGCUCUUCAAGCGUGUUGGUGAGCAGUUCACUGCCAUGUUCCGUCGCAAGGCUUUCUUGCAUUGGUACACUGGCGAGGGCAUGGACGAGAUGGAGUUCACUGAGGCUGAGUCCAACAUGAACGACCUCGUCUCGGAAUACCAGCAGUACCAGGAUGCCGGUGUCGACGAGGAGGAGGAGGAGUACGAUGAGGAGGCUCCCCUUGAGCACGAGGAGUAG